CUUAACUCUGCAUUUUGUUUCUGAGGAAGAGGCACUGUGGACAGAAUCAAAAGGCCUAACAGGCCUUCAUACCAGGAUAAUUUAACAUGAGACGAUCAGCUGCUCCAAGUCAGUUGCUGGGGAAUUCUGCCAAAAAAACAAGGUUUAUACCUCCAGGAAAGGCUCAUAUGGUGCCACUGAAGAAAGAAUCUGAACCCGCAGGCCUAGAAUGUCAAUUAGCUCUGGUGGAUGAGCCAAAAUUGAAUAGGUUAACAUCUGUCAAUAUUUGUCCUUCAACUUGUGACUUCAGUUCAACAACGGCUGUGAAAACUGACCAAGGAGAUGCUUCCCUUCAAAAAAAUAAAGGCGAAAACUGGCAUUUGGAGAGUGGAGUGAAAUCAUUGUGUAGAGCUGAAGCAGCUCCAGCAAAUGGGAUGAGAGCAGAAACACCAGGCCAUCACAAGGAGCCAAGCUGUCAUCCCCAGUACUUCAGUGUGGUGUGGUGCAAGGCCUCAAAGAAAAAACACAAGAAGUGGGAAGGUGAUGCUGUUCUUAUUGUCAAAGGGAAAUCGGUCACAUUGAAAGAUACGGAAGGCAAAGACAUUGGACGAGGCGCUGGAUACAAAGCCAAAGAUUUGGAAGGUCUUGAUGAAGGUCAAACUCUGAUGAUUGGAAGCAAAGAAAUAGAAGUAAUGGGUGUAAUUCCAGAAGAGGACUUCAUAAGCGGCAGGUGUUUUCAAUCUGGUGUAGCAGCUGCAGAAAACAUUAUCUCAGAAGCAGCUGUGAAGCCAUUCAGUAAUCCUGUGAAAAAUGUCUGCAAAACCAGUUCAAAAGGAAAUUUGCCUCACAACUCCCAGAACUGUAAACCACGACAUGAUCCAUAUGCAUCAAAUAGCCUAGUUCUGCCACGGCCAACCCUGAAUCAUCAACAGAUGUUCAACAAGGCAGGCUUGCCUGUUGUCGAUGUUGUCGUGGAUCCUUAUCUUGUAAACCAUCUUCGUCCACACCAGCGAGAAGGAAUUGUAUUUCUUUAUGAAUGUGUGAUGGGAAUGAGAAUGAAUUGUCGAUUUGGAGCUAUUCUUGCAGAUGAGAUGGGUUUGGGAAAAACCCUGCAGUGCAUUUCACUCAUUUGGACUCUUCUGCGUCAAGGGCCGUAUGGAUGCAAGCCUAUAAUAAAACAGGCACUGAUCGUUACUCCUGGGAGUCUCGUGAAGAAUUGGGGGAAAGAGUUUCAGAAAUGGUUGGGAACUGAAAGAGUCAAGGUGUUCUUAGUUGAUCAGGAUCACAGAGUAGAAGAAUUCAUCAAUUCACCUCUUUAUUCAGUCCUGAUCGUGAGUUACGAGAUGCUGCUCCGUUCCUUGGACCAAAUUCAGAAUAUAGAGUUCAGCCUCAUAAUCUGUGAUGAGGGGCAUCGUCUGAAAAACAGUUCCAUUAAGACAACCAUGGCCCUUGCGAACCUAGCUUGCAAGAGGAGAAUUAUUCUUACAGGUACUCCAGUACAGAAUGAUCUGCAAGAAUUUUAUGCAUUAAUAGAGUAUGUAAAUCCCGGCAUACUUGGUCCUUUGUGUGCAUACAAAAAAGUGUAUGAGGAGCCUAUUAUCAGAUCCAGAGAGCCUUCAGCAGCAAAGGAGGAAAUACAACUAGGAGAGAAGAGGGCAGCAGAACUGACCCGCCUGACUGGACUCUUCAUUCUCAGAAGGACCCAAGACAUCAUAAAUAAGUUUCUCCCUCCUAAAAAGGAAAGCAUCCUUUUCUGCCGUCCAGCAGCAUUGCAGCUGAACCUCUACCGAACUUUGUUAACCUCUCAGGUUGUUCGAUCAUGCCUACAAGGCAGUCUGGAAAAUAGCUCACACUUAAUAUGCAUUGGUGCUUUAAAAAAACUUUGCAAUCAUCCUUGCCUUCUCUUCAAGGCAAUAAAGGAGAAAGAAUGUGAUUCCACGUGUGAUGAACGAGAAAAACAGAACCUCUAUGAGAGUUUACUUGGCAUAUUUCCUCAGGACUACACAUUGACCUCUUUUUCUGAGAGUGACUCGGGAAAGAUGAUGGUGCUGAUAGAGCUGCUGGCAGCAAUUCAUGAGCUCAGCCCUUCAGAAAGAGUCGUUGUGGUAUCUAACUACACUCAGACACUGAAUGUUCUACAAGAAGUGUGCAAGCGUUAUGGAUACUCCUUCACAAGACUUGAUGGCAAUACCCCAGUUUCUCAGAGACAACAGAUUGUUGAUGCUUUUAACAGUAAAUUCUGCCCAGCUUUUAUCUUUCUCCUGAGUUCAAAGGCUGGUGGUGUGGGUCUGAACUUGGUUGGGGCAUCUCACCUAGUCCUCUAUGAUAUUGACUGGAAUCCAGCCACUGACAUCCAGGCAAUGGCCAGAGUGUGGAGAGAUGGACAGAAGCGUACAGUGCAUAUUUACCGACUACUAACAACAGGCACAAUCGAAGAGAAAAUCUAUCAGAGGCAGAUCAGUAAACAAGGUCUCUCUGGAGCAGUGGUGGACUUUUCCAAAGGAUCUGAACACAUCCGUUUUUCUGUUGAAGAACUUAGAAAUCUUUUUAUACUGCAUGAGGAUUCCAGCUGUCUUACUCAUGAUCUUUUGGAGUGUAAAUGUAUAGGAAAGAAAGAUGACCAAGGUCCUUUAGAAAAACUUUCAGUACAACAAGACUGCCAGCUUGGCAAAAGCAAUGUGAAAUCUGUUUCCAAAAGCACCCUACUAUCUAUGUCACAACUGAUGCAGUGGAAGCACUUUUCUGUGGAUCAUGGAAAUCUCCCUGAUUCCUUCUUGGAAAGAAUAAAAGAAAACAUCACAUUUGUUUUCCAAAGCACAAGCAGCUGAGGAUGCCACCUAAGCAGGGCAAAUUCAUUUCUCCUUUAGUUUACAAUGGACUUUUGUUCACCAAUGUCUUUUUUUAAAAAAUAAAAUGUAAUAAUAGGA